GAAGAAAAAUGUUUUACAUGUACUUUUCUGUGUGGAGCACUUUUAUUUGGAAGGCUCUUGCAUUUUUGCUGCUAGGUUCACAUAGGUUACAGAGUAGCCUGUAUUCUGUACAUCAUGAAAUUAUAAGAUUGGACAAGCAAAGGUGAGAAUAUAUUUUUUUAUAGCAAAGUUAGACUAUUUUCAAGAAGACAAAUUCAAACGCACCAUAUUGUGGCAUGAGAUACUUUUUUUGAUAUUCCCGUGCAAUAAUGGAAUUUAGUUUUUUAUACAUUUGUGGCGAUAUGGAGUAAAAGUCCGCCAUAGUCACCCACCACGCCCGGAGUUCAACAUUUGGAGGUUUACCUCUUCGACCCAAAAGUAGCCAAAGUGUUUUCAAGGGAGUCAUGACUUUGAACUCCAUAGGGGCCUGUUGCCUCAGCGAAGAGGGAAAGGAGGCUCGGCGGAUCAACGACGAGAUCGAAAGGCAGCUUCGCCGGGACAAGAAAGACUCGAACCGCGAGUUCAAGCUGUUACUUCUCGGGACUGGUGAGAGUGGGAAGAGCACCUUCAUCAAGCAGAUGAGGAUCAUCCAUGGGACGGGCUACUCUGAGGACGACAAGCGAGGCUUCACCAAGCUGGUGUACCAGAACAUCUUCACUGCCAUGCAGACCAUGAUCCAUGCUAUGGAGACCCUGCAGAUCCUCUACAAGUGUGAAGGCAACCAGGGCCAUGCAAAUAUUGUCAUUGAAGUGGACGUGGAGAAGAUCACGUUUACAAAUCCGUACAUUGACGCCAUUAAGAGUCUAUGGAAUGACCCAGGGAUCCAGGAAUGCUAUGAUCGCAAGAGGGAAUACCAGCUCUCAGACUCUGCCAAAUACUACCUGAAUUCACUGGACCGUAUAGCUGAGUCAUCUUAUGUGCCGACCCAGCAGGAUGUGCUCAGGGUCCGGGUCCCCACCACAGGCAUCAUCGAGUACCCCUUUGAUCUCCAGAGUGUGGUCUUCAGGAUGGUGGAUGUGGGUGGUCAGAGGUCCGAGAGGCGGAAAUGGAUCCACUGCUUUGAGAAUGUCACCUCCAUCAUGUUCCUGGUGGCUCUCAGUGAAUACGACCAGGUCCUGGUAGAGUCUGACAACGAGAAUCGAAUGGAGGAAAGCAAAGCAUUGUUCAGGACAAUAAUAACCUACCCAUGGUUUAAAGAUUCCUCAAUCAUACUAUUCUUAAAUAAGAUUGACUUAUUGCAGGAGAAAAUCUUGUUCUCACAUCUGGUGGAUUACUUCCCUGAAUAUGAUGGACCCCAGCGGGACCCACAGGCAGGAAGAGAAUUCAUCUUGAAGAUGUUUGUGGACCUGAAUCCAGAUAGCGAUAAAAUCAUCUAUUCCCACUUCACCUGUGCCACCGACACGGAGAACAUUCGAUUCGUCUUUGCCGCUGUCAAGGACUUCAUCCUGCAGCUGAAUCUCAAGGAGUACAACCUGGUUUAAAGACUCCCGUCGACAGCAUUUACAGACUUUUAAUGCAAUCUGCUCCAACAGCUGCAGCAAGAGACCAGGGCCCCCGGAGCCAUAGUACAAACUUCUUCAGUAUGACUGGUUGUCUUCCACUACGCUGAAACCCUACUACCCACAAUGGGAGUUGAAGACUGCAUCUACAGAGCAUUUCCAUAAAUGGCUGGAUUAUUUCCAAUGGAUUUCAACUGCUCACCCCUGCAUUUUGUUUUAAACGGGCAUCUUUGAUUUUGUUCACGAGGUGUGUCAUGAUGAUGAAUAAUACGGUGCCUUUUUGAGGAAAGAUGAUUCUGGUGUACAUUGAGAGUUAUUAGGAAAUCUUUGUAAACCAUUCAAAACACAUUUAUAACAGUGUAAACACACUUCAGAUGAGAGUUAAAGUGCUUUGAUGCGCCACCUGUCUCUCUGAGGACUGUUGACCCAUGGCUCUCUUGUCAGAGAAUGUCUGGUUGACAUUUAGAUAACUGCUAUACAGCUCUUCACCUAAUAUCCUCCAGUGGGUCACAGUCGCAGUCUAUACAUUGUUUACGUAUUUAAAUGAGUAGUCAUUCUCUGGGUCAGAGGAUAGAAUAAACAAUCAUAAUCAUCACCUAGGACGUGUAACCUAGCAUACAGGUAUUAUUUGCACAAUUGACACAUUUUGUUUUCCUAUUGGUGUAUACAUUGUAAGUGGGGCUUAUGUGUUGCCAAAAUAGUAUUACCUCUAUUGACUGAAUAGCCUGUACUGAAGUGUGAAAUCUGAAGCGGUACCACCACAUUUUUAGCUGAAAUGUGUUUGACUAUCAACACUUUGCAGUUGUAAUACUGUAUACGUCAACUACCAGUGUUAUAACAUAACUAUAUUUGCCCCCGCUAAACAGAGCAUCAUGAUACUGUUCCUCAUCCAAUAAGGGAAUGUUAUCCACUUAGACAAGGUCUAUCGUUGAUCCGUAACAUUGCUUUUUGUCGGUCCUUUGUAUUCUCAGUGGAGAUGUACUGUAUUGCUUUGGCACAGUUUCAGUUCAGGGACAACUUUGAUUAGCGUUAUUGAGUCACUCUCUGGUUUCAAGAUCCUUUGUGAAAAGGGCUGAAAAUGAUUCCCCAUAUUGUGUGUGUCUCUCUCGCGCUCUCUCUCGAGAUAUAUAUAUAUAUAUAUAUAUAUAUAUAUAUAUAUUGCACUUUGUAAAUACAAACUGGUACAGUGACUUCCUGUGUGUUCUCUUGUUUCAAGGUCCCGUAAAAUGAAAAGUGUUGUAAUUCUUACCUGCUGAAUGAGAACGUUGGGUCCAAUGACCUGCUUUGAACACAUGCGUUCAUUUCUUGAAUCAUAUAUGUAAUAUGAGAGUACAAAUAAAUACUAAUCAGAAGGUUCUCUGCACUAUUUCAUUUGUGUCAAUCAAUCUGUCGUUACGUGCCAUUUUUAAAGUCGGUUGAAAAUAAAGCAUAUAUAUUUUGCUUUUUUGUCAAAUUAUUUUUGGAGCAAUGUACAUGUUUUGAAAUUGUGAUGGAAUAAAUCAUUCCAAUUUGCGCAA